UCGGUGUGCGCCUCCGGCCCUUUCAUUCCGGGGGCGGAACGGCGGGGGCGGAACGGCGGGGCCGGGCGGAGCGCUGAGGCGGAGGGACGGCGAGGGAGCGGGCGCCAUGGCGGGGCCGCUGCUGCAGGCCUGCGGGCUGGGGGCGGCCCUGCGGAGCCGCGCCGCUCUCCGCCCGCUGGGGCUGCUGGCCCCGCCGAGCCGGGGGGUGGCGGGGCCGGGGCCGGGGUCGGGAGAGGCGGCUCUGGAGGAGAACCCCUUCUACGAGAAGUACCGACACAAGAUCCGGGAGCUGCGGAGAUCCAGUCCAGAUGUGUUUGAGUCCCGCAUGGAAAAAAGAAAUGAAGCGAAAAAGCAGCCUGUGGGAUAUUCUAGUCAAGGAGAGUUUAUCAGAUGCAUGGAGGAAAAGGCAGAAGGCUUGGGCACAAAGACAUCAAAGGGCGGAUUCACAAAAGAUAAGACACUUGAUUCAAUUCUUAAUGUUGAGAUGGUGAAGGAAAAAUCAGCAGAGGAGAUAAAACAGAUUUGGAAUCAGUAUUUUUCUGCAAAAGAUACAGUUUAUGCUGUUAUUCCUGCAGAAAAGUUUGAUUUAAUAUGGAAGAGAGCCCAGAAAUGUCCAUCGUUUCUGUAUGCUUUGCCAAGAAAAGAAGGCUAUGAGUUCUUUGUGGGGCAGUGGUCAGGAACAGAAUUGCACUUCACUUCCCUAAUAAACAUUCAGACCCAAGGUGAAACUGCUCCUAGCCAGUUGGUCUUGUACCAUUAUCCUGAGCUGCAGAAGGAAAAAGGGAUAGUACUAAUGACAGCAGAAAUGGACUCCAAGUUCUUGGUGGUCCAUGAAGCACAGUGCCUGGCGAAUCAAGUGCAGCUUUUCUAUGCAACAGAUCGUUCUGAGACCUACGAAUUAGUGGAGACCUUCAACCACAGAUCUAGUGAAUUUAAAUAUAUGUCAGUUAUAGCAGAGCUUGAGCAAAGCGGACUUGGAAGAGAACUGAGACCUGGUCAGGUUUCUGACAAGUCAUAGAGCCCGACCUGCGGGUGAAGCGAGCCAGCAGUGGGCAGGGGCGUUCCUAGAUGGGGUGGUCCUGUCUCUUUUUGUUUUACAAAUUUGGUUUGGCUACAGAAAGGAUCUGGAGACAUCCUGGGAGUGUGAUAGUCAAGCCUGUCUGGCACUGAUGCAAGAUGAGGACUUGGGCCAUUUGAAUGACAAUAACUAAUUGCCAAAAUGGAGCCCUGUACUUCAGCAUAACUUCAUCAGAACAAGCCAUUUUCCCGUCCUGUAACUUACUGCUGCAUGCUGUAUUUUGAAAUCUGAAAUAAAGUGAUAGAGUGGGAGCUAUGUAAUGGACAAUAUUGACAUCAGGAGAGAGAGCAACCAAUGUUUCUUCUCAGUACAUGCAUUUUAAAUGCCCUCUGCCAUUAUAAUUGCAUGGUCCAGUGCUUUUUAAUCUGUGUGGAAUUUAUACGGGCUUGUCCAUCAGAAAAAAGAAUAGGACCGAUGGUCUAAAACAGACUCCUCUUUGUUACUUUGUGUGUGAGGCUCCCUACACAGAUGUAUACUGUGGCCUGUGUUUUUCUCAGGAUUAAAAAAAUAGAGUGACUAGA